ACGUGUCAACAGCGCGUUUCAGGUCGAUUUGCUCGGCGGCCUUACCCUGGACGGCGUCGCUCGAGUCCUCGUGCGCGAUCGGCAUCAGGAUGGCGCUGCCUUGCAGGUUGUCGAACGGAAAUCCCAGUUCGGCGCCGAACAGCAGCGGGUUUUUCGGCCGCUUCGGCGCCGCGCCGCUGCCCUGGGCCGACAUGUUUGCCGUUUGCUUUCGCCGCCGCUCCAGAGAUGGCGCCACCGGUCCGCACCAACACCGAGACCAAACCGAGACUAAACAUGGAGCCACGCCCCCUUUAUGAAUAAAAAAAUUCUCAAGAAAUAAAAAUGAUGUAUUUCCUGCCGAAUUCGGCAGUGACAGUCGCGCAGACGCCGUUAAAUUGCCGAACAAGAUAACAGAGACAAUUAAUUCUUCCUUAAAAUUCACAACAAUUUAAAAGCCAGCAAUGAUUGUCCGCAAGCACGAAUUUUACGACUUGGUGCUGAAGCGGAGGAGCACGCAGGACGUGUCAAGGGCGGCGCACGUCCUGCAGACCCUGAGACUGAACCUGGUGCCCUUGAAAGAAUUGGCCAUGCGCACCGUUGUCUCCAACCUGCCGAAACUCAGCGAACAGAUCGACCACCUGCCCAAAACCGCCAAGACUUUGAUUCUUGAGACCAUCGCAAAAUCGAUUUGCAGGCAAUUCUAUAACCACCUCCGACGUCAAGUUAUUAGCCUCAUUGAACCAAAUCCUGACGGCACUUGCAGCCUCAAGACGAUUCCUCGGGUGUCUUACCAAGGAAUGCCAAUCCAAAGAAAAACAAGAGGGGAUAGAGAGUCUCUUUUGCUUGACCUGAGCAAUGUCAAGCGACUCAUCACUUCAGACUUGGAGGAAUUUAACUUAAAUGUGAUCAAAGGCGACCUGACUGAUUUCAGUGAAGAGGAAAUCUGGAAGUGCUUGGCCUCUUCGGCUCCGAAUUUGAAGAUCCUUCGAGACUACGGGAGGGACUCUGACACGAAACCUGUGAAGCUCAUUCUCAAGUACUUAGUCAGGUUUGCCGACCUGAGCGACCUCGAAUUGUCCACCUUCUACUUCUGCGACGAUGACGUCCGAGUGCUGAGCGAAAGCUGCCGAAAACUGAAAAGCAUUCAUCUGCCGGCAAGGGGGGGUCUGACCUCUGCAGGACUCAAGUUCCUCACCAGCCUGCCCCUUUUGGAAAAGGUUUCCCUUGCUGACUUUCAGGGGUGCUUGGUGGGGAAGAUUCAAGACUCCGCCGACGCACAGAUGGUGUUCGAGAUGCUUCCGAACCUGAAGCACAUCUUUGAAAACGUGGGACUUACCCAUGAUAGCUCGGUGCACCUGAACAUCCCAAACGAGCUGCCGUGCUCGUACAAGUUGCAACAGCUUUUGCGUUUUGGUGGAUGUGUUGGAAAAAUUCCAAGCCACCUGACCGAGUUGGAAGCGAUCAGCAGCACCUUUGAUUUGGCUCCAGAGAUUUUCGAGCAACUGCCGAAGCUGCGAGUCCUGCACUACCCUUACUUCCCCAAAGAUUACGCCACCCUCGGCCUGAUUGGCUCGAGACUGGUCGAGAUCAGCGCUGGUCAAUUUGACAACUUUCACGAAGGAUUGUAUGGCAUGGAAAAUGUUGACCUAGGCCAAAUCCUGGUCUCGUGCCCCAACCUGCAGAAGCUUCACCUGCUGGCCAGCGUUUUUGAGCCGACUGACCUGAUGGACUCAGUGGACCCUGGCAGGUUGAAGCUCAGGGACCUCAAACUGACUCAAAUGGAUUAUUUCAAAGAUAGAGAACCGUACGCUCGCAUGGCCGUGUGGGAGGUUUUGCUGGCGCCCGAGCUGCACUCGGUCGGUCUCUUCAACUUCCUCUUCUCGGAGCCGCGCGCCCUCCUCGACCCGGCCGAACCUGUCCUGCAAAACUUGACCACACUCGGCACUUCGUUUGAGUUCGAGUGGCCUAGAAAGGAGGACAAGGUUUGGUCCCAAUUGCUGGACGCGCACAACAAACUGCUCGCUGGUCUGAUCAAAAAUUGCCCAAGGCUGGAAACGGUCCACUGUGAAGUUUUUGCGGAAAACAGAGAAAAUACCGACGAGCAUGCAACUUUGUUGUUUGCAAAAGUGUCGCCCGAGUGGUGCAGAAUUCCUAAGGAAGUCGACUCGCCGCUCAAAUCGGUCAAGGGCAGAAAUAAUUUCAAAAUUUUCCGCUUCUUCAAAAAUAUGUUUGGCCAUAAAAAUUGAAGACUUGUUCCUGGCGUGUGAUCAAGAUUACAAUUCUAAUCUGUUUGUAAUUUGCCAUUGUGAUAAAAAAAGCUGGUCCAAAAUUAAAUUGGAUUCCGGUAAUAUUUAAUAACUACUGGGGGUGAGGCGGUGAGGCGUCCUAGCCCCUUGCCCCUUAUUUUUGAAUUCAAACUCUAUUAAUUGCAAUGACAUAAAAUUUAAUUAAAAAAAAAAAAAUGCUGUUGCCUUAUUGCUUCAAUCUGUUUAUGUGAACUUGUUUGAGAGAUAGUCAAGCAUAGUCAUUUAGGUGUGGAUUUUGAGAAUAUUGAAAAUUAAUUUUCUCGUCA